AUGAUACACUCGGAGCAACCCAAGGGUGGUCAGUUCAAACUCGUUACCGGUGAUCUCAUCCGACUUAUCGAAACGCAACAUGAACAUCAAGCGGAACAGCUUGCCAAGUUAGGGGGCAUUACGGGCGUCGCAGCAUCACUGGGUGUCAAUAUCACGCAGGGACUCAACAGCAAUGAUAGCGCAGACUUGAAGCAGCGUGAAGACACUUUCGGGUCCAACUACAUUCCACCCCCCAAGGCCAAAGCCCUAUUAGAGCUUAUGUGGGAAGCCUUCCAGGACAUGACCAUUAUCGUGCUCACCAUUUCCGGUAUCCUCUCCGUUAUCCUAGCAAUCACUGUAGGUGACCACCCGGACACGGGCUGGAUCGAAGGGGCCUGCAUUAUUUUCGCGGUGCUGGUGGUGACGAUGGUGACGGCAAUCAAUGAUUACCAGAAGGAGGCGCAGUUCCGUGCUCUAAAUGCCGUCAAGGAGGACGAGAAGAUUAAAGUUAUUCGGAACGGGGUGCCAGCCGAGGUGAGCAAGUUCGGACUCGUGGUGGGCGACAUCGUUCGUGUGGACCUGGGUGAUAUCGUGCCGGCCGAUGGUGUUGUGUUCGACCAGAAGGAGCUCAAGCUGGACGAGUCUGCGAUGACCGGCGAGUCAGACUUGAUGGUGAAGAACACGGAGAACCCGUUCCUCCUUUCAGGAACCAAGGUCAUGGAGGGUCUGGGUAAGAUGCUGGUUGUCUGUGUUGGUGAAAGCUCCCAAGCAGGAAUCAUCAAGAAGCUUAUCCUCGGAAAAGACAAGGAAAAGGAGAAGGCAAAAGAGGCUGAGAAGAAAUCAGCACCUUCCGCUGCUGCGACGACACCCCUUCCUAAUCCCCCCGCAGGGGCGAAUGGCACUGUGGAGCAGAAGGAAGAGUACGACGGCGAAACGCAGUCACCUCUUGAAGCCAAGCUCAACCGAUUGACGAUUCUCAUCGGAAAGCUCGGGACGACUGUAGCGUUGCUUGUGUUCAUCAUCAUGUCGAUCCGAUUCUCGGUGCAUAACUUCACUGGAGACGAGAAAAAGGAGUGGAAGGCCAAAUACGUCAGCGACUACCUGCAGUUCUUUAUUGUGGCCAUCACGGUGCUAGUGGUGGCCAUCCCGGAAGGUCUACCGCUCGCAGUGACCAUCUCUUUGGCUUAUUCGGUGAAGAAGAUGCUGAUGGACAACAACCUUGUGCGCCACCUGGACGCUUGUGAGACUAUGGGUAGUGCUACGACCAUCUGCUCGGACAAGACGGGAACGCUAACGACGAACCGCAUGACAGUCAUGCAAAUCUGGAUCGGAGGCCAAGAAUUCACGUCCGCUUCACAAGCCACGGAUGAAAUGUCCGAGUCUACACGUGACGUCUUCUGCAACGGAGUGUGCGUCAACUCGACGGCUGAGAUUCUCCCAUCCAAGGUUCCUGGCGGCCAACCUGAACACACCGGCAACAAGACCGAGUGUGCGUUGCUGCAGUUUGUACGUGACUGCGGCGUCGACUAUUCCAGUGUCCGUGCAAACACUGAGAUCGGCCACAUGCUGACGUUCAGCAGUAAGAAGAAGCGCAUGUCUGUAGUGGUCAAACGCUCGGCAAGUACCUGUCGCAUCUACACCAAAGGCGCCACCGAAGUUGUCCUGGGUCUCUGCAGUAAGAUGAAGCGCCUCGACGGUUCUGUAGCCUCACUCGACGGAAACCAGAAGGAAAUCAUUGGCACGUCCAUUAUCGAGAAGUUCGCGUCUCAAGGCUUUCGUACGCUAUGUCUGUCCUACCGUGACGUUGAGACGUCGGCGGAUGAGAUCAACGAAUGGUCCGACGAUGACGUUGAGAAAGAUCUCACGUGCAUUGCCAUUGUCGGUAUAGAAGAUCCGGUGCGUAAAGAGGUACCAGACUCGAUCAAGCUCUGUCACCGUGCGGGUAUCAUCGUGCGUAUGGUCACUGGUGACAAUAUUUCCACUGCGCGUUCCAUCGCAGGAAAGUGUGGUAUCAUUUCACCGAACGACGGCUCCCUGGUCAUUGAAGGACAGGAGUUCCGUACGCGUGUCCUGGACGGGAACGGGAACAUUAUCCAGUCGGAAUUCGACAAGAUCUGGCCGCUGCUGCGUGUGAUGGCGCGUUCGUCACCAAAAGACAAGUAUACGCUAGUGACAGGUCUGAUGCAGUCAAACCUGAUGCCCUACGGCCCACAGGUUGUUGCUGUCACCGGCGACGGUACGAACGACGCUCCUGCUCUAAAGAAGGCGAAUGUGGGCUUCGCGAUGGGUAUUAGUGGAACCGCUGUGGCCAAGGACGCCUCCGACAUUAUCCUUAUGGACGACAAUUUCACGUCCAUCGUGAGCGCCAUCAAGUGGGGCAGGAACGUGUACGAUUCCAUCGCCAAGUUCCUCAUGUUUCAGCUCACUGUCAACGUUGUGGCUAUCAGCCUGGCAUUCUUGGGCGCUGUGAUUCUUGAGCAGUCCCCGCUUACUGCUGUGCAGCUACUGUGGGUGAACCUUAUCAUGGAUUCGUUCGCAUCGUUGGCUCUAGCCACAGAACCUCCAACGCAGGCUCUACUGGAGCGCCGGCCAUACCCGAAGACCAAACCGUUGCUCUCGAAGAUCAUGACGAAACAUAUCAUCGGCCAGUCCAUCUACCAGCUUGUGAUACUGCUCAUGCUCACGUUCGUAGGGGAGAAGAUGUUGGACGUACCUUCUGGUCGCUACCAGGACCUCGAUGAGGACCACAAACACGAACCCACCCAGCAUAUGACUGUCAUUUUUAACACCUUUGUGUGGAUGCAGCUCUUUAACGAGCUCAACUGCCGCAAGAUCCACGACGAGCCCAACGUUCUCGAGGGGUUAAUGGGCAAUCGCGUGUAUAUUUACGUGACCAUUCUCCAGAUUCUCAUGCAGUUGGUCAUCGUACAGUGUACAGGGUCUUUCUUCAACUGCGAACCGCUGAAUGCCGGUCAGUGGGGAAUCUCUAUUGGCCUGGGCGCAAUUUCCAUGCCUCUACGUGUGGUUUUGCGGUGCCUAUCAGCUAAGUGGUUGCCAGCCUUCUGCCGAGAUGCCGACGCCGUGGAUGUACAGAGCUUCCCGCCGACUGCCAAGGCCGUCCGUAAAGGUAGCUCCCAGAAGGCGAUCAUGCUGCAGUAG